CCACUUGAUGUCUCAUGUACAUUAAUAAUGCAUCGAUGAUCCGUGACACUACAAAAUCCACCACCCCGGUGAUCUUUUUGAUCGCCAGCUCGUUGAACUGCAGCAAGCAAAGCAAAGGCCAUGUCUUCGUUUUCAUUCCUCGAGCUCUUGCUCUCCUUCGUCUGCUUCGGUUUCUUCUACUACUACCACGCCAAGUCGAAGCAGAAGAACCCCGUCAUCCCACUGCAAUGGCCAUUGGUGGGCAUGCUGCCGGCGCUCCUCGCCAACUGCAACCACCUCCACGAGUGGAUCACCUCCCUCCUCACCGCCUCCCCGUUGAACUUCCGGUUCAUCGGACCACCAAGAUCAGACAUGCGGCUCUUUGUCACCAGCGAUCCGGCCAACAUCCGCCACGUCUUCAACACCAACUUCUCCAACUACCCCAAGGGGCGGGAGUUCCAGGAGAUCUUCGACGUCCUCGGCGACGGCAUCUUCUCCGCCGACGGCGAGUCGUGGCGCCGACAGCGAACCAAGGCGCAGCUGCUCAUGUCGAGCCCCCGUUUCCGGGAGUUCGUGUCCCGGUACAGCCGCGCCAAGGUGGAGAGGGCGCUGCUCCCGCUGCUCGCCCACUUCGCGGGGACAGGGGAGGCGUGCAACCUGCAGGACGUGUUCUUGAGGCUGACGUUUGACACGACGACGACGCUGGUGUUCGGCGUCGACCCCGGCAGCGUCGCGGUCGGCUUGCCGGAGGUGCCGUUCGCGCGCGCCAUGGACGACGCGAUGAGCGUGCUCCUCUUACGGCACAUCAUCCCGCUGUCGUGGUGGAAGCUGGCGAGGCGGCUUGGGAUCGGAUACGAGCGGAAGAUGCCGGUGGCGUGGCGCACCAUGGACCGGUUCGUCGCCGACACGAUCGCCAAGCGGCGGGCGGAGAAAGCCAAAACCGGGAUCGACGCCUCCGCUGACCUGCUCUCAUCCUACAUCGACGACGACGACGAGGACGCUGGUACGGUGGACGCCUUCCUCCGCGACACGACCGUGAACCUCAUGCUCGCCGGCCGCGACACGACGGGCUCUGCGCUGUCAUGGUUCUUCUACCUCCUAACCAAGAACCCGCUCGUGCUGCGCAAACUCCUACAAGAGCUCGACUCCAUCAAGAGCAGCACCACCCCGGACGGCAUGGUGGUCUUCGACCCGGACGAGGUUGGACGGCUCGUGUACCUGCACGCCGCCCUGUGCGACUCACUCAGGCUGUACCCGCCGGUGCCAAUGGAACACAAGGGCCCCGUCGCCGCCGACGUGCUGCCGAGCGGCGACGAGGUGCUCCCGGGGGACAAGAUCGUGGUGUCGCUGUACGCGAUGGGGAGGAUGGAGUCGGUGUGGGGCAGCGACUGCUCGGAGUUCAAGCCGGAGCGGUGGAUCUCCGACGACGGCAAGAAGCUGCGGUACGUGCCGUCCUACAAGUUCAUGUCCUUCAACUCGGGGCCCCGUACCUGCCUCGGCAAGGACAUGGCGUUCGUGCAGCUCAAGACCGCGGCGGCCGCCGUGAUGAAGAACUUCGAGGUGGAGGCCGUGCCGGGGCACGUCGUGGAGCCCAAGCUCUCCAUCAUACUCCACAUGAAGAAUGGAUUCAUGGUGAGGGUGAAGCGAAGGCAGGCGGAUCGCUAGGGAGUAUUGGAUCGAUGGCUCUAGGACAAGUAGGAGGGGAAUCGCGAUUAAGCAGUAGUUCUGUACGUGUAUGCAUGGUCCGUACGUGUAAACCUCCUGGCGCAUACCUCUAGUACGCAUGGUAUAUAGCUCUUCCUUCCCCGUUUCAUCCGGUGGGCUGACUAGUGACUAGUAUUGUACUGUGUUGCUGACUAGAGUACUGCACCGAGCAGUAGUACUACUCCAGUGUACUAUGUCGUCUCCUGUUUCUAAUCCAACCGUACAAUCUUUAAUUA